AUGUUUAUCGCCAUCAUUGGGACGCGAAGUUCUGGUUGCUCUACAGUUGAGGAGUUCCUUAUAUCUUCUCAAGGAUUCACCUCCAUUCGACUGGAUUUGCCUGACGAGUUCCGAGAUUACGCAUCCUCUUCCUUUGACUACCAACGGAACGUUGAAAAGGAUCACUCAGUAAACAAUGCUGCGAAACAUCUCUCGUUCUUGACCUUCGACGCGACCCCUUUGCCCUCCCCUUCGCCAAUUUCUGACGAAAACCUCGCUGAAACCAACGAGACCGUCUCUUCGAUAACUUUUAGAGAUCCAACAGAAGUAUUGGACUAUGUGACGCGUAAUUGGAGGUCAAACUUCGUCACCACGGAUCUGAAGACGCGAGAGGUGAUCGAGAUGUUCAUCAAGAGACCAUUUUUCAUGCUAUUGAGCUUUGAUGGGCCAUUACUGGAACGGUAUCGACGUUCAAACAGUUCGAUAUCACUUCAGGCUUUUGCAGCUGAAGAUGAUCAACAACGUUUCGGCAAAAGAGGUUCUUCGUUGAAUGGGAUGGCAGACUUAGUCAACGUGCGCGUUGUCAAUGAUUUUGCUUCAGUACCUGCAUUAUAUGCACAUAUUGAAAGUCUCGACCUGUUCAAUCCAUUGCAUCUCAGGCCAAACUGGGACAUGUAUUUCAUGACUCUUGCUUCUCUUGCUUCACAAAGAUCAAAUUGCAUGAAACGACGCGUAGGUGCGAUAUUGGUACGCGACAAAAGGAUAGUAUCCACUGGGUACAACGGAACCCCUCGAGGUGUCCGCAACUGUAAUGAAGGAGGGUGCAUUCGCUGCAAUAGUGGCUCGGAGGCUAUCGGUGAUAACGAGGAAUGUGUCUGCUUACACGCAGAGGAAAACGCACUUUUGGAAGCGGGAAGGGACCGAGUGGGUAAAGGGACUCUCUACUGCAACACCUGUCCAUGCCUCAAGUGCACGAUCAAGAUCAUUCAAACAGGCGUUGAAUGUGUUGUUUACAAUCUUUCUUAUAAAGUAGAUACUGCGUCCGCAAAACUUUUCGCAGAAGCGGGUGUCAAAUUAAGAAGGUUUGACCCCGCCCAACAUCGCCUUUCAACAUUUCCGCCAGAUGGUAAUUAUGACACGAGUACGAUUGAUAUGACCUCAGACGAUGAGAGUUCAAUGACUGGAUAA